CCUUUCGGCGGAGGACCUAGCUGGGGCUGGGAAAGUCCUGACAGAAGUGGCGAGCAGGAAGCCGGCCCGCGCCCCAACCCCCACCGGAGCAGCCGCACUGCUGCGGGAGGCCGCUGCACAUCCGCCUCGCCCUCGCGGGAGCCUCGGCGGGGCCCCGGAGCCACGGAGGAAAGGGCAGGAAAUCAUGUCAAGCCGAGCCUCGGGACGGCUGCCCUGAGACACCCCGAGAGAAUGUUGGCUCAAUUAAGAAACAUCGGGGAGAUAAAUUCAACUGAGUGCAUUUAAAAAUGACUACAAAACGAAGUUUGUUUGUGCGGUUGGUACCAUGUCGCUGUCUACGAGGGGAAGAAGAGACAGUCACUACUCUAGAUUAUUCUCAUUGCAGCUUGGAACAAGUUCCCAAAGAGAUUUUCACCUUUGAAAAAACUUUAGAGGAGCUCUAUUUAGAUGCUAAUCAGAUUGAAGAGCUUCCAAAGCAACUUUUUAAUUGUCAGUCUCUACAUAAACUAAGUUUGCCAGACAAUGAUUUAACAACAUUACCAGCAUCCAUUGCAAAUCUUAUUAAUCUCAGGGAACUGGAUGUCAGCAAAAAUGGAAUACAAGAAUUUCCAGAAAAUAUUAAAAACUGUAAGGUUUUGACAAUUGUGGAGGCCAGUGUAAACCCUAUUUCUAAGCUCCCUGAUGGUUUUUCUCAGCUGCUAAACCUAACCCAGUUGUAUCUGAAUGAUGCUUUCCUUGAAUUCUUACCAGCUAAUUUUGGCAGAUUAACUAAACUCCAGAUACUAGAACUUAGAGAAAACCAGUUGAAAAUGUUGCCUAAAACCAUGAAUAGACUGACCCAGCUGGAAAGACUGGAUUUGGGAAGUAAUGAAUUCACAGAAGUGCCUGAAGUACUUGAACAACUAAGUGGAUUGAAAGAAUUUUGGAUGGAUGGUAACAGGCUGACUUUUAUUCCAGGGUUUAUUGGUAGUUUGAGACAGCUCACAUAUUUGGAUGUUUCUAAAAAUAAUAUUGAGAUGGUUGAAGAAGGAAUUUCAACAUGUGAAAACCUCCAAGACUUCCUCCUAUCCAGUAACUCCCUUCAACAGCUGCCUGAGACUAUCGGUUCACUGAAAAAUGUCACAACUCUUAAAAUAGAUGAAAACCAAUUAAUGUAUCUACCAGACUCAAUAGGAGGGUUAAGAUCCAUAGAAGAACUGGAUUGCAGUUUCAAUGAAAUUGAAGCUUUGCCUUCAUCAGUUGGACAGCUCACAAACAUACGGACAUUUGCUGCGGAUCACAAUUACUUACAACAGUUACCCCCAGAGAUUGGAAACUGGAAAAAUAUAACUGUGCUGUUUCUCCAUUCUAAUAAACUAGAGACACUUCCAGAGGAAAUGGGUGAUAUGCAAAAAUUAAAAGUCAUUAAUUUAAGUGAUAAUAGGUUAAAGAAUUUGCCUUUUAGCUUUACAAAGCUACAACAGUUGACUGCUAUGUGGCUCUCAGAUAAUCAGUCCAAACCUCUGAUACCUCUUCAAAAGGAAACUGAUGCAGAGACUCAGAAAAUGGUGCUUACUAAUUACAUGUUCCCUCAACAACCAAGGACCGAAGAUGUGAUGUUCAUAUCAGAUAAUGAAAGUUUUAAUCCUGCAUUGUGGGAAGAGCAGAGGAAACAGCGGGCUCAAGUGGCAUUUGAAUGUGAUGAAGACAAAGAUGAAAGAGAGGCACCCCCCAGGGAGGGAAACUUAAAGAGAUAUCCAACACCAUACCCAGAUGAGCUUAAGAAUAUGGUCAAGACUGUCCAAACCAUUGUACAUAGAUUAAAAGAUGAAGAGACUAAUGAAGAGUCUGGGAGAGACUUGAAACAACAUGAAGAUCAGCAAGUUGUAAAUAAGGACAUGGGUGUGAAGAUUUCAGAAAGUACUACAACAAAAAGCAAACUUGAUGAAAGAGAAAAGUAUAUGAAUUCUGUACAGAAAACUAGUGAGUCUGAAGCUGAGACCAAUCCUGGAAAUUUACCAGGGACUGCAAAUAUGAAAGUGUCUGGGAAUCUGAAGCAUAUUGUUAGCCAUGAUGAUGUUUUUGAGGAAUCUGAAGAACUUUCUUCUGAUGAAGAAAUGAAAAUGGCAGAGAUGCGACCCCCAUUAAUUGAAACCUCGAUUAAUCAACCCAAAGUUGUAGCUCUCAGUAAUAACAAAAAAGAUGAUGCAAAGGAUACAGAUUCUUUAUCAGAUGAAGUCACACACAAUAGCAAUCAGAAUAACAGCAACUGUUCUUCUCCAUCUCGGAUGUCUGAUUCAGUGUCUCUUAAUACUGACAGUAGUCAAGAUGCCUCACUUUGUUCUCCAGUGAAACAAACUCCUAUUGAUAGUAACUCCAAAGUCAGGCAAGAAGAUGAAAAUUUUAACAGCCUUUUACAAAACGGAGUUAUUUUAAACAGUUCACCAGAGGAAAAAUUCAAAGUUAAUGAUAAAAAGGAUUUUAACUUAUCUGCAUAUGAUUUGAAUAUUGAAGAUCAUUUAGUUCUAAUAGAAAAAGAUGUUGACUCAAAAUCCACAUCUGAUGAGUCUCACCAAUUAGACCGUAUCAACAUGAAUCUGAAUAAACUUUUGACCAAUAAUACCUUUCAACCAGAAAUCAUGGAAAGAACAAAGAUGCAGGAUAUAGUGCUUGGAACUGGCUUUUUAAAUGUUCAUCCUAAAAGUGAAGCUGAGCACACAGAAAAUGGAAAUAAGUAUCCGAAUUUGGAGUCCGUAAAUACGAUAAACGGUCUUUCUGAGGAAGUUCCACAGUCUCCUGGUAGGACUGAGCCCCAGAACACCAGUUCUGCCACUGACGUGGGUAUUUCUAAAAGUACUGAGGAUCUCUCCCCUCAGAGAAGUGGUCCAGUUGGACCUGUCAUGAAGUCUCAUAGUAUAACCAACAUGGAGACUGGAGGUUUAAAAAUCUAUGACAUUCUUGAUGAUGAUGGUCCUCAGCCACCAAGUGCAACUGUUAAAAUCGCAUCUGCUGUGGAUGGGAAAAACAUAGUGAGGAGCAAGUCUGCCACACUGCUGUACGAUCAGCCCCUGCAGGUGUUCACUGCUUCUUCCUCAUCUUCGGAGCUACUGUCAGGUACAAAGGCAGUUUUCAGGUUUGAUUCAAAUCAUAACCCAGAAGAGCCAGACAUAAGAGCUCCCAUGGUAACUGGCCCACAACCUACACCUCAACUAUAUGGUCCUCCGCAAUACAAUGUCCAGUACAGUGGCAGUGCUGCAGUCAAAGAUACAUUGUGGCACCCUAAACAGAAUCCACAAAUAGAUCCUGUCAGUUUUCCUCCUCAGCGCCUUCCUAGAUCAGAGAGUGCAGAAAAUCACAGUUACGGGAAACAUCCUGCCAAUAUGAAUUUCUCUAACCACAACAAUGUUAGAGCCAGUACUGCAUACCACUUGCAUCAGAGACUUGCCCCAGCUAGACAUGGAGAAAUGUGGGCUCUCUCCCCAAAUGAUCGGCUGCCUCCAGCAGUGACUAGGACUACAGUUCAGCGACAGAGUAGUGUGUCUUCAGCAGCUUCUUUAAACAUUGGUGAUCCUGGUCCCACAAGGCGCACUGAAGGAGACUAUUUAUCACACAGAGAGUUACAGUCAGUGGGAAGAGCUCCAGUCAUGGCAGGAUCACAGAGACCUCUCUCUGCACGAGCAUACAGCAUUGAUGGCCCAAAUACAUCAAGGCCUCAGAGUGCCCGGCCCUCCAUUAGUGAAAUACCAGAGAGAACUAUGUCAGUUAGUGAUUUCAGUUACUCACGGACUAGUCCUUCAAAAAGACCGAAUGCAAGGGUUGGUUCUGAGCAUUCUUUACUAGAUGCUCCUGGAAGAAGCAAAGUUCCUCAUGACUGGCGGGAACAAGUACUUCGACACAUUGAGGCCAAAAAGCUAGAAAAGAGUAUGCUGUCAAGGUCCUUUAAUUCCAAUCUUACUGCUGUAAGCAGCUCUCACUAUGGCAGCUCUAGGGAUCUGCUUGGCAGCCAGGGCAGCCUUGCCCUGAGUGUUGCAGACGGAAGAGGUUCUGGUGGGCACAUUUUUCGACAUCCCCAGACAUCCAGUCCAGGAGAUUCUUGCCAAGAUGAUAGAUUGAUGUCAGGAGAGCAGAACUACUCACCAGGCCCACUUAGUCACAGAGACCCUCCAGACAGCUUGAUGAAAAUGCCUUUGAGUAAUGGACAGAUGGGCCAGCCUCUCAGGCCUCAGGCAAAUUAUAGUCAAAUCCAUCACCCCCCUCAGGGAUCUGUGGCAAGGCAUCCCUCUAGAGAACAACUAAUUGAUUAUUUGAUGCUGAAAGUGGCCCACCAGCCUCCACAUGUACAUCCCCAUUGUUCUCCUAGACCAGGCCAUGAACUGGCAAAGCAAGAGAUUCGAGUAAGAGUAGAAAAGGAUCCAGAACUUGGAUUUAGCAUAUCAGGAGGUGUCGGGGGUAGAGGAAACCCUUUCAGACCUGAUGAUGAUGGUAUAUUUGUAACAAGGGUACAGCCUGACGGACCAGCAUCAAAAUUACUACAGCCAGGAGAUAAAAUUAUUCAGGCUAAUGGCUACAGUUUUAUCAACAUUGAACAUGGACAAGCAGUAUCCUUGUUAAAAACUUUCCAUAAUGCAGUAGAACUCAUCAUUGUACGAGAAGUUUCUUCAUAAGGACUAUAGACAAAAAAAUGGGGGAAGAUAACAAGAUUUAUUGGAAGACACUUGCAGGGGAAAUGACUAUUUUGCUUAUUUUUAUAUGUAAAG